AAGACUCUCACUGUCGUCUUGGUUACAGUCAGGAAGCAGCAAACAGCGUACAGUAGCUUUAGCAUGUCAACAAACAUAUAUGUGCCACUUUAAGCGUUUCAGUCUUGAUAUUAUCUUAACUGUUCACUUUUACAAGCUGUGACUCCUCUCUGGCAAAGAAAGAUGAGCGGGAACACUGAUGACAUCAAGCCUGUGAACUGCACAAUCAAACCUCCCGUCUACCUGCAGAUUGGAGAUACCAAAACCGACGCAGCUUACUCUGGUGUUUGUGUUGUAGAUGUCACCCUCCCGUUCGGAAAGCCUGUCAAUAUUGAGGAAAUCACCUUUAAGAACUACUACACAGCCUAUGUGACUGUGCGUUUGCUGAGGAGGAGCCCCGGCCAGGACGCCCCCGCUAAGUGGUCCACUGCUCUAAGAGACCUGCCUCUGAUGGACAACCCCCACACCGAGGCAGGCUCCCAAGACUACUGCUCCAUCCACAGGACACAGAUGCAGGUGGAGCCGGAUCAUGUUGUGUCUGUGAGACUGAUCCUGAGACAGCCGUCCUCUGCCUGGCUGGCCUUCAGCCUUGAAGAGAUCAAAAUAUUCCCUCAUAUGGAGCCGGACCCAGAGAAGGAGGUUUCUGAUUGGCUGUCUGACCUGACGCUGGUUGACAAACAUCCCGACCUGGAGGGCCUCCCAGACCCCCAGACUGUAUCAUCCAGUAUCCAGCAGAUGUGGGCUCUGACUGAGGUGAUGCAGACCAACCAGACUACAGCCUCCAUCGGACGAUUUGAUGUGGACGGUUGCUACGACAUCAACCUGCUCUCCCUGACGUAACAUGACCGGCGUGUUCUUACACAUACAUUGAGCUCACUUUGUGGAAGGACAAAAACCUAUAGAAAUGUAUAUUGUCUGCAUAAGAACCAUUGAGUAGAGUUUCAGAGAAGAAAAAGAAAAAGUAUAAUAUAUGUGUUCCUGGAAUGGCAAUGCAUGAUGGAACAUUAACAGUGGCUAAUGAGAUCAUGAUUUAUUGUGAUAUACUUUUUAAAAAUGUUUUGGUCUGAUCAAACAUUGCUAUGCACUUAAGCGUGUACUAGGGCAAAACGUUUUAAUCAUUUUCAGGAAAAGGUACGUCAAUGAGAGUACACUUUUAACUGCACUUACUGAUGCAGUUAUUUAUUGAUCUAAAAGGUAUACUUACUCAGCAGUCCUGCUCUAAUCCUGCAUACAGUGUGGUAUUGUAAUACUUUAAAUAGUCUUGUCUUCGAGCAUCAAUAUUUAGCUAUCUGCAUACUGCAACCUACUGAAACCAUUAGACGACUUUUCCUUGUAAUCGGUUGACUUAUGUUGAGGUCCAUGAUGACAGGCUGCAGGAUGGUUUAAUGAGUCCCAUUCAUUGUGAAAAUAGAGAGCACAGUAUACCAUCAGUCUGUGGCUCAGACAACACUUUGAAUGUGUCAAAAUAUACUGUAUAUUGCAUAUAUUUAAUGUAAUGCCAUCCACUAUGGAACACUUGGUGGUAGCAGUGGAUUAUUUAAAGAAGGCAUAUCAUGCUCAUUUCCAGGUUCAUACUUGUAUUUUGGGUUUCUCCUAGACGUCCUAAUGUCUUUUCCUAACCAUUUUUCCUUGACCUCAAUGGAAAACAUCAUGAGGUUGAGGAAAGAUGUGAAAGAGAGUUCAUGACAGUUCAUGUAAUAUUUAUUUAUGAUAAUUAUUUGUUUAUUGACAGUUUGCUAUAUGUUUACUGUUAAUUGUAUUCGUCGUUCUUGUUUAGUUUUUUACUUAGGCAUUUCUCACAUGUUCAAAAUCAAUAAAUAAUUAAAAAUAAAGUGAAACGAAAUGGUUGUCACUGUCCACUCAUAUGUAUCAACAUUAAUUCCAAUUAGUAGAUGACCGAAUGCAAAUAAUAUGCAAGAUAAGCAUAUUGUUUUCGUCAACGGCAGAAUGGUGUGUCGAUUUAAAUGUUGUGGCCGCAAGGAAUUGUAGGAUGGGAUUUUUGACUGCAGCCCGAGUCUGAAACGCUCCGUUUUAGUGUCUGUCUCUUUAAGACCCCCUCCUGAAAAAGCCCAGUAUGCUCAGAUUAGCUUGCAAGAACAAUAUGAAGCACCUUUGCAAAGGUAGUUCUCAAGCUGUGGGCGGUAUAUUCUAAUGAACCUGCAUGUGACAUGGGAAGGGGAGCCAAAUAUGAACGGCUUGUUGAAUCACGUUUUCUGAUCUAGACA